GGCAAACGAUAGAAAACAAAAGGGAAAAAUGCUGCCGUAUGGAAGCCUCGAAGGAGCAGAGUUGGAUCUAGGGAGAAAACUAACACUAGCAGAGAAAUUGUGGUAUGGUUACUCAGCUAAGAAAUCAGACUAUAUUUUGUUUAACCACAACGGCCUUUUCUUGUUCUUGGUAUUCUCCUUGGUUCCUCUCCCAUAUGUGUUGAUCGAGCUUUAUUGGUUCAACAACAUGGAGAAGUUCAAGCUUCAACCCAGAAUCAAGAGAUCGUCUUCAGAGUUGCUUAAAUGCUAUAAAGAUGUCGUCAACAAGUUCAUUCUUGUCGUGGGUCCUCUCAUUGGUUUUUCCUUCUCUGCCCUAAAGUGGGUUGGGAUCCGUACAAGCUUACCACUGCCAUCAAAAUGGGAGGUAAUAAGCCAAUUGGUGGUGUAUUUUCUUAUCGAGGACUACACAAACUACUGGAUUCAUCGGUUGCUGCAUAGCAAAUGGGGCUAUGAAAAAAUCCACUACGUGCACCAUGAAUACAAUGCCCCGUUUGGGUUUGCUGCUCCUUACGCCCAUUGGGCAGAAAUCCUAGUUUUGGGAAUCCCAACGUUCCUGGGUCCAGCUAUGGUUCCAUGCCAUAUCAUCACAUUGUGGCUGUGGACAGUUCUGCGCCAGGCUGAGGCCAUCGAGACGCACAGCGGGUAUAACUUCCCUUGGAGUCCCUCCCGAUUCAUACCAUUUUAUGGGGGUGCAGAGUAUCAUGAUUAUCAUCACUAUGUUGGAAGACAAAGCCAAAGCAAUUUUGCGUCUGUCUUUACCUAUUGUGAUUAUGUUUAUGGAACUGACAAGGGUUACCGUCGACACAAACAAGCUGUUAAAAAGCUUAAGGAGCAAGUGAAGAAGCAGUUGGAGCGAGCCACAAAAUGAAACUAGAUGGUAGAUUGCGGACAAAAUAUCUCCAUGGAAGAAUCUCAAAAAGAAAAUGCUUUACGUUGUAGUUAUUUUGGAGGACAAGUGAAAGAAU